AGUAACCCAUGUUAGUCUACUUUUGACUGUUACGCAGAUUGUUCGUUCGUGUCGUCCGUUUGUUUUUUCCCUUCAGAAAGAAAAAAAUAAUAAUAAUAAUUUCUUACACUAAAAAAAGCAGAAAGAAAAAAAUCUAUAAAAAUUUCUACUAGUAGCAGUAAGAAGAAAAAUAAUAAAACGUAAAGAAAGAAGAAAACGUACGCUCGCUCGCUCCUACAAAAUACGCUUUUUGUUAAAGAAAUUUAAAAACAAACCGUCGUUAAUAUAAAAGUUGGAUUUAAGUGUUAAAUGAAGUUAUUUGAAAAUAAAAUUUAAUUAAAUUAAUUAAUUUAUGGUGGAUUUACAAUAUAAAAAAAGAAAAUAAUAAAUAUUUCCUAACCAAAGAUUGAAAACAUAGAAAAAUUCUAUAAAAAAGAUCGUAAGCAAAUUGCCGCCGGUGUUUUUAUUUAUAACAAAAUUAUAAAGUGUUUGUCUUAAAAAAAGAAGAAAAAAAGUUCUUUUUUUAAAAAAAAGAAAAUGUUUUUAUAAAAAAAAUUUUUUGAUAAAAAAGGAUUUUUAUUUUCUUAAUAAAAUCCUGGCAUUAAAAGAAUUUAAAUAAAUUUGUUUUAUUACCGGAAAAAAACAAAAUAUUUCUUUUUUACUUUUUGUUUAAAAAUUUAUUUAAAAAGAGUUUAUUGUUGUAACAAUUUGUUGGUUUUGUGUCUAACAUCUAUAUUAAAUGACAGUGCAUAGUAAUGAAAGUGGUGUGUGUUUAGUAAUGAAUGCCGUUUCAACUCGACCAAGUGCAUCGCCCACCUCCACACAAACACCUUUGCAUCAGAGCCUACAAACUCAACCUACAAAUUUAAGCACCAACAGUCAUAAUACGCAUACAACACAACAACUACAGCAGCAGCAGCAACAAACUUCACUUUCAUUAAACGCCACUGCAGUUGCCGCCGCCGCCGCUGCAGCAGCUGCUGCUGCCGUUGUAGCCGCCGUGCCGUCUUCAACCGCCUCCCUAACCACGCCCUCUGUUGCCAACGCAAUGGCUGUAACAUCAACUGUACCGCCGGGCGCGCGUUCCGUUUCACCCGCCACACCCUAUAGUUCAUCAUCGUCCGCCUUGACAUCCAGCGGUCCCGGUUCAGCGGCCGGUGGUCCACCUCCCACAUCAGUAUUACCUGGCCCUUUGGCACCAGGCUCAACGGGUGCUCCACCACCGCCACCACCUCCUGGAGCACCAGGUGCUCCUUCAUCGGGUAAUCGUUGCUGUGAUACGGGUCGUACAAUAUAUACAGAUCCUGUUAGUGGUCAAACAUUAUGCUCCUGCCAAUACGAUAUGUUAAGUUAUCAAAGACUAGCGGCCGCCGGUGGUCUAGUAGCGGGACCUGGUGGUGUGCCCUUGGGCGUUUAUCCCGAGGGUAUGUCAGCGUAUUUGUCGAGCAUGGGUGCUGAACAGCCGCAAUUUUAUGCAAAUCCGGGUGGUUUGGAUUUAAAAGAAAAUCUUGUUGCUGGUGGUGCUCCUUGGCCUUAUCCCUCUGUAUAUCAUCCCUAUGAUGCUGCCUUUGGUUAUCCCUUUAAUAGUUAUGGCAUGGAUUUAAAUGGUGCCCGCCGUAAAAAUGCCACAAGAGAAACGACCUCAACGCUGAAAGCUUGGUUAAAUGAGCAUAAAAAGAAUCCCUAUCCCACAAAAGGAGAGAAAAUCAUGUUGGCGAUUAUAACAAAAAUGACUUUGACUCAAGUGUCGACGUGGUUCGCCAAUGCGCGCAGAAGACUGAAGAAAGAAAAUAAAAUGACUUGGGAGCCCCGUAAUCGGGUAGAUGAUGAUGAUUGUAAUUUAGAUGAUGAUGAUCAUAAAAGUACAGAUGAUAAUGAUGUAUUAGAUGCCAAAGACUCUGGUUUGGGUUCUAAUGAAGACAAAGAUCAUCGCAUGCCUGGUGAGGGUAACAGUGAAUGGUCUGGCUCUCGUCCCGGUUCACCCAAUGGUUCUCCCGAUCUUUACGAUCGUCCCGGCAUGAUGCCCGGUGGCGGUCAUCCCCUGUUUCAUCCCGCCGCCUUGCAUCACUUUAGACCACCAGCAGGUUCACCACCCGAUAUUGCCGCCUACCACCAUCACCAACAGCAGCUGUUGCAGCAACAUCAUCAGGCCCAACAGAAUCAAUUGCAUGCGGCCGGGGCUGCCAGCACCACAGCUAGUCUAGCGGCGAAACCACGCAUUUGGUCUUUGGCGGAUAUGGCCUCUAAGGAUGCCAACAAGGAGGGUAAUAAAGACAGUCCUCCCGGUAGUGAUUUGCCUCCCACACAUCCUGCUUUCUAUGGUCAUCCGGGUCAACAUCCUAGUCCGGGUAAAAUUUUAUCACCCUUGGCCGCCAGAAUACCAAAUUAUUCGCCCUAUGUAAGGCCUGAUUUGUAUAGAGGCUUUUAUGGACCAGCUGCGGCGGCUGCGGCUCAUUUGGGUGCCCCCUCACAGGAAUUUCUAGAACACCAAAGAACUUUUGGCGCUAGUUUAGCGGCUCACAAUGGCCUGGGUAUGAAUCCUUUGCUAUGGAAAGCAGCCGUUACCGGAGCCGCUGCCGGAGCACCACAUUUCAACCCGCUUAGUUUAACCACUGGUCAGCAGCAUCAUCAAGCCCAACAUGUCCCGCCUUCAGGAGCCUCACCCUCCGGUUCUAGCACCACCUCAUCCAUGGGCUGUGAUGUAGUACAAACAUCACCCUCCGCCCAGCCAAGUUUGCAUCAUAGUCUAGGACCCAUUUCUCACAAUUCCAAUUCGUCUUCAUCCUCAUCGAACUCCGGCAAAUUAUCGCCCGGCAAGCCAUGACAAUCGCGCCUAGAUUCGCCUCCACUCACACAACAAUCCCAACAACCCGUACACAAUCAAGAACAAAACAAUAAACCAAAUAAUGUUAACAACACUUCGCCGCUCUCAGCGUUUCGCUCUCUGAUAGCUUUCAGAGAGCAACAUUUGCAGCAUCAACAAACACCUAAGCUUUCUCUCAGACCUUAAAUUUUGCUAAAAUUUAAAGAAAUUAAAAAGGAAAAAUGAUAGAAAAACAAAUUAAAAAAAAUUAAUUUAAACAACAAUUUUGGACAAUAAUUAAAAAUGUGAUGUGAAAGAAAUUUUAGGAAAAAAAACAACAUUAAAAUUAAAAAAAAAAAAUUACAAAAACACAGGUGUUUGUUAAAAAAAUAAAAAAACGUUAAAAAUGCUGCUAAACAGCCCGCAAAGUAAUGUAUAAAAUAAGGUAUAAAACUUAUGCAAUCAGAGCUUAUAGAAUAAUUUAAAUUUGCCGUCAAAAUAAUACAAGUAUUAAACUACAACAACAACAAAAACAAGCCACUAUAUUAAAAAAUU